ACAAAUAGCCGGCAGCCUCGCAGUCCCAACUUGCAAAAUGUCGACCAGCUCUUGGGUUCAGGGACUGAGCCUUGCCGGCGCGGCUGCUUCUGCUUCCUCCCUCCCCAAGAAGGCCCUUCUCUCUUCCCCCUCUUCCCUCUUCUCCCACCUUGUCUGCCGGGCCAACUCUCCUUCUCCCGCACCCUCUUCCCCCAACUUCCCCCGCCUCAUUAGGACCAGCCCUGUCUAUGCUGCUCCCUCCCCCGUCAUUAACCCUCCACUGAGCGAAGAAAUGGCGAAGGAAUACGAGGAAGCCAUUGCUGGACUGAACAAGCUCCUGAGCCAAUCGAAGGGCCUGGAGCCAGUGGCUGCGCAGAAGAUCGAGGAGAUCACCAGUCAACUGCAACAACACGCGGGCCCCGCGGUUGCUUCCACGGGAAACCUAUUGGACAAACUCGAGCAGGGCUUCAAUUACUUCAAGAACGAGAUUUACCAGAAUAAGCCGGAGCUCUUUGGCGAACUUUCCAAGGGACAGAGCCCCCCGUACAUGGUGUUCGCUUGCUCUGACUCCAGAGUUUGCCCGUCGCACGUGAUGCAGUUGCAACCAGGGGAGGCUUUCAUGGUCCGCAACAUCGCGAACAUGGUUCCACCAUAUGAUCAGGUGCGAUAUAGCGGUGUUGGAUCAGCAAUUGAGUACGCAGUCCUGCAUCUAAAGGUCCAAAGCAUUGUGGUGGUUGGUCACAGCGCCUGUGGUGGGAUCAAGGGCCUCAUGUCGCUUAAAGAUGACGGCUCCACAAGCACUGACUUUAUUGAGGACUGGGUGAAAAUAUGCCUACCAGCGAGAAACAAAGUGAAGUCUACCUACGGCCACCUGUCUUUUGGAGAACAGUGCUCCAAAUGUGAAGUGGAAGCGGUGAACGUGUCACUGGGCAACCUGCUGUCUUACCCAUUUGUGAGGGAAGGCCUGGCUAACAAGACUCUGUCUCUCUAUGGAGGUUACUACAAUUUUAUCGAUGGCUCCCUUGAGUUGUGGGGAGUUAACUAUGGGUUCACCCCUGCCAAGAAAUUAGAGCCUGCAGUUAGCGCCAGUUGAGCAACUCCGUCUUCUUGAGGAUGUCUUAUGUACCGCUUAUGUGUAACUCCUUCCUUUGCAACCACCCUCUCUUUAUCUGCCAUCAUCAGUAAUAAUGUUCUAUGGCAAUAAAGUUCCUUUUCUUUUUCUCCCUCA